GAAGGGGACGGAGGAGGAGGAGGCGUGUCUCGCGAUUGGACAGGGCGCGAGGAGCAAGCGCGCGCGAUCCCCGAGGCGCGGGAGCCGAUUCCGGCGCCGGGACACCCUCGCCCUCGCCGGGCCGGCCGUUUCGGGCGCUCUACCGCCGCGGAUUCGGUGGGAUCCGGCCAAGAACCGGUUGGUGGAGGCCUGGAGGACGGACGGGAUGGGGGCCGGGGCGGAGCCCGUCGAGGCUGAGGAGGGGGCGCCCGGGAAGGAGGAGAAGGCGGCCGUGUCGUGCUCGAUCUGCCUCGACGCCGUCGUCGACGCGGCCGAAGGGGAGAGGUCCACCGCGAGGCUGCAGUGCGGCCACGAGUUCCACCUCGAUUGCAUUGGAUCGGCAUUCAAUGCCAAAGGAGUUAUGCAAUGCCCAAACUGCCGCAAAAUUGAGAAAGGGAACUGGCUCUAUGCAAAUGGAUCCCGUCCCUCACAGGAUAUCAACAUGGAAGAGUGGGCUCAUGAUGAAGACCUGUAUGAUGUUAGUUACUCUGAAAUGCCAUUUCGUUUUCACUGGUGUCCAUUUGGUCGCUUAGCACAACUUCCAUCGUUCUUUGAGGAAGGAGAAUCAUCACCUCCAGUUACUUUUCAUGACUUUAUGGGCCAGCAGGUGUUUGCGGAGCAUCCACCUGUAUCUGCGGCACCAGGGGCACAUCCUUGCCCGUAUGUUGCGUACUUGCAACCUCUUCCAUCAUUGGCCUCAUCAUCAAGCUCCCAUGUCCCUGAGAGAACUAUGGAUGGGUCUGUGUAUCAUGAUCAUUGGAAUCACCUGGCUGGCCCAUCAGAUGGGAGGCCCUUGCACACGGUGCCACCCACUGAUUUCCAUCAUAACCAUUGGGCACAUCUGCCGCAUUCCUAUGCCCAACCCAACAGUAAUAAUGGGUUGACUGAGCAGCCAGGGGUCCCUUUCGGAACAAUGAGAGCUGCAAGGGCUGACGGUGAUAUCCAACGCCGAGGGUCUGUUAUUUCUCCAUCAUACUUCAGCAAUGGAUCUGGCUCUAGAUCUAGAGCUCCUAAUGUUCCCCCUCUGGUACCUCAAUUCAUGAGGGGGCAUGGCAACAUCAACGAACAGUACCAGCAGAAUCCAUCAUCUAGCCUUUUUGCGGGGGCUCAUAGAUCGGGAGGCAUGCGAUCUGCCCCUCCACCUCAACCAGAGAACCCAACAUUUUGCCUGUUCCCACCUGGUUCGUCUGGCCAUAGUUCAAUGGAGACUGAUGACGCUGGAGGAAGCCGAUUCUACGCCUGGGAGCGUGAUCGCUUCGCGCCAUACCCAUUAAUGCCAGUCGACUGCGAGACAAGCUGGUGGAGCUCGCAGCAGUCUCAUGGGGCAUCAGAAUCCACAGCAGCACCAGCACCAGCACCCGCGCCGAGGAGACUAUUCGGGCAAUGGAUCGGUCUUGGCAGGUCAUCGCCCGAAAAUAGAUCGUCAGAGGGCUCAUCAUAUCGACAAAUGCACUCUCCUCGGAUGUAGCGGAGGCAACCUAAGUUAAAACUUCACAUUCGGAACCUGAGUUGCUUGUAAGAAACGAUGGAAGAAGCCCAUCUGUAUGAAAUUAAGCCGGGUUGCAUGGUAAAACUUCUGGAGAAUUCUGCGAGGGAGAAACAUGAAAUAACCCGGAGAGGAACGUUUUGAUUUGGUUUAUGUGAAUUCUAUCUCGUACAUAUUUGAAACCAAAUUGGGAUUUUCGAAGUUUCAA